AAGACCAAGAAAGAACCAUAAAAGAGAGAAGGGGAGAUGUGUACCAAAAUACCAUCUUCCUUCCUUCCCUCUUCCUAUCAAACAAGAGAAGAAGUACACCAACAAAUGUCUCAAACACCAACACUGCAGCAAAACAAAAUACUCUUUUCUUAAAUUCCACAAUGAGAAACACCAAAGAUUACUACUUUCACCAAUUCUUAUUCUUGAUUUUGAUUUCUCAAUUUCUUCAUCCAAUUCUUGCUAUACCCACUGAUACAAUCACCCCAACACAGCCUUUAACCAAAGAUCAAACCUUAGUAUCUUCCGAUCAACACUUUGAAUUAGGCUUUUUCUCUCCCAGCGGUGCAAAUUCAGACAAAUGGUAUAUCGGUAUUUGGUACAAAGAGAUUCAAGACAGGACUAUUGUCUGGGUUGCAAACAGAGCUAAACCCCUUUCAGCUUCAUCAACAUCAGUCCUAAAAAUCACAGAAAUUGGUAAUCUUCUUCUCGUCGAUGGACAAACUGGGAAUUCCGUCUGGUCUUCCGAGCAAACUCCGGCGACCAACGUAGUAGCCCAACUCCUUGACUCCGGGAACUUUGUCAUUCGACCGGAAAACGAUGACAGAGAACAGAGCUACCUGUGGCAGAGCUUUGAUUAUCCAACAAACACUUUAUUACCUGGGAUGAAACUUGGGUGGGAUUCAAAAUCGGGGAUGAACAGAAACAUAACAUCAUGGAAAUCAGCAAUCGAUCCAGCUCCCGGAGAUUACACCUUCAAGAUCAACACCAGUGGGUUCCCGGAAGUUUACUUAACAAAUAAACAACAAAUUAUCUACAGGAGCGGCGCUUGGAAUGGAAUUAGAUUCAGUGGGGUACCGGAAAUGAAGGCAAGUGAGAUUAUCUCAUUCGAAUUUCAGUUCAAAUCAGAUGAAAUUACUUACAUGUUCAAAUUACACAACAAAACUUUGUACUCAAGAUUGUCUGUGAAUCAUACUGGUUAUCUUGAAAGAUUCACUUGGAUCCCAACAAGCAACAUGUGGAAUCGAUUUUGGUAUGCUCCAAAAGAUCAAUGUGACGGAUACACAGAGUGUGGGGUAUCUGGAAUUUGUGACACAAAUAUUUCACCAAUCUGCAAAUGUAUGGUGGGAUUCAAGCCUAAAAAUCAAGUGGCCUGGGAAUUGCGAGAUGGGUCUAAUGGUUGUGUUCGUUUUCAUAAAUUGGAUUGCAAAACUGAUAGAUUUAACAUAUUGAGGAACAUGAAGUUGCCAGAUACGACGAAUUCGUUUGUGGAUACAAAUAUGAAUUUGGAUGAAUGUGAAGCUAUGUGUAUGAAGAAUUGUUCUUGCACGGCCUAUACAAAUUCGAAUAUUAGCGGAAGUGGGUCGGGUUGUGUGAUUUGGAGCACCGAACUUAUUGACAUGCGGCAGUAUGCGGCGGCGGAAGGUGGCCAAGUUCUCUACGUUAGGGUGGCUUCUUCUGAUGCAGGUAUCAUCCUAUUUUUCUACUUUCUUUUUUCGCUUAGUACAAUGAUAACGAAUUAACGAUUAAUAAUCGAU